AUGGCGAGUGCUCAUGAAUGUAGUGCUCAGAUGGUUGAUAAGGUCCAAGGCUGGAAACAGCCCUCUUGGUGCUGCUUGUGUGCUCGUUCGGUGCGGACCUGGUACCUCUUUUGGGAAGCGGCAGCAGAGGAGGCUCCGGCGCUCGCCGUGGCCCAUGAAAAGUCCAAGGAAGGAGUCAAGACUGAGAACAACGAUCGUAUUAAUUUGAAGGUGACGGGGCAGGAUGGUUCUGUGGUGCAGUUGAAGAUUAAGAGGCAUACACCACUUAGUAAACUAAUGAAGGCCUAUUGCAGCCAAUCAAUGAAACAGACACACCUGCAGCUGGAAAUGGAGGCUGAAGAUACAAUUGAUGUGCUCCAGCAGCAGACAGGAGGUGUCUACUAA